AUGCUAUUGAGAAAUCUCAAUCAAUCUCAAGGUCUACGUAAUCGGCACCGUCUUAUUGUUGAGAAAAUGGGAGAUAAAGUGAUUGAGCACAAAUUGAAUUACAUCAAGACCCAUCAAGCUGAGUUGCGUGCAGAUCUAUAUCAAGGAAUAGAAGAUGUUGUAGUUGCUGAAGAUGUAGAUGCGUCAGCAGUAGGGAGAAGAUUUGUGUUGCUUUUAUCAUUCUCUGGGGGGCCACAAAUAAAAGUUGAUCUUCCAAGACUAUCGAAUCAAUGUGCAGAAGAUAGACCUGAUACUGUUGCUAGAGUUUUUCAAAUUAAGUUUACACAACUACUAACCAACUUGAAGGAAAAUAAAAUAUUUGGAGAAGUACUUUCAGACAGUGUUGAGCAUAUCCGAAUUGUAAAUGAGGUCGUGCAUACAACAUUUAAAUCUACAUGUGUUGCACUUGGUCUACUCAAUGAUGAUAAUAAAUGGCACGAGGCAUUGGCAGAAGCAUCAAAUUGGGCAUCAACAACAAAACUUCGACAUAUGUAUUGUACAAUGCUCAUGUUUUCUGAUAUAACCAAUCCAGUCAAAUUAUGGGAAUGUCAUUGGAAAAGUUUCACCGAUGAUAUACAAUAUAGAAUUAGAAGAGAUAUGAGAGAUAAUGAUCUACAUCUUGACAAUGAAGACUUAAAAAAGUUAAGACUUCUCAAAAUUGAGCAUAUAUUAAAUAGAAAUGGAAGAUCUCUCAAAGAUUUCCCUCCAAUGCCAUUGCCAUCUUCGCAAGGUGCUCAAUUUGUAACAAAUAGGCUCAUCAUAGAAAAGAUGGAGUACGAUAGUGCUUCAGAAAAACAAUUGUUCAAUGAAUUACAUUAUGGUUUAAAUAGUGAUCAGGUGGAAGUUUAUGACACCAUAAUGAAUGCAUACAAUUUUGGAUCAUCUACAAUUGCGGCUUUGCUGUUACUAGGAGGUAGAACUGUGCAUUCACGCUUUAAAAUUUCAAUUAAUUUGGAUGAAUUCUCAAGUUGUAGUAUUAAUCAACAGACUAAAUUGGAAAAAUUAAUUCAAGAGGCAUCAUUGAUCAUAUGGGAUGAAGCUCCAAUGCACUAUCAUUAUGGAUUUGAGUUCUUGAUUAGAAAUGGAUCACAUGCUUUACAUGAUUUGAUCCAAGCAAUCCAUCCAAAAUUAAGUACUAGAUACAGUGACAGUUCUUACUUGAAAGACUGUGGCAUCUUAGCACCAAAAAAUGCUGAUAUUGGUGAAUUAAAUGUCAUAAUGCUGUCAAUGUUGCCUGGAGAAUCUCGAAAAUACCUAAGUGUAGAUACGAUAUGUCCAGCUGAGGGUGAGAACAUUGACGAAGGCAUGCAUCCACCAGAGUUAUUGCACUCAUUAAAUUUUUCAGGAAUUCCAAGUCAUUGCCUUGAACUCAAAAAGGGAGCGCCUAUAAUGCUAUUGAGAAAUCUCAAUCAAUCUCAAGGUCUACGUAAUGGCACCCGUCUUAUUGUUGAGAAAAUGGGAGAUAAAGUGAUUGAGGCACAAGUGAUUACGGGUUCGAAUAUUGGAGAGGAGUCUUCAUUCCACUUAUAUGUUGCUUUAUCUCGUGUUACUGCACCAUCAAGCUUGAAGAUAUUGAUUGUUAAUAAAGUUGACCAACCGUCAAAUUACACAAAAAAUGUUGUAUAUUGUGAUAUCCUUAAUGGCAUUUGA